CCCGAAAAUGAGGGUCGCGGUGAUCGGUGCCGGCUGCUGCGGUAUCACGGCCGUGAAAGCAUGCCUCGAGGAAGGAUUGGACGUUAUAUGCUUCGAGAAGGCGUCAAACUGCGGCGGGCUAUGGUGGUACCGGGAGGAGACGCCCGGGUCCGGUACUGGUACCGUGAUGCGAUUCACCGUGGCCAAUACCAGCAAGGAAAUGUCCUGCUACAGCGACUUCCCGCCGGACAAGGAGGCGCCGCUGUUCAUGUCCCACUGGCAGACGCUCCGUUACAUGCGAAACUACGCGGACCACUUUGGUGUAACACCGAGGAUACGGUUCAACCACGAGGUCCUCAGGCUCAACAAGGACGGCACACUUAGGAUACGCGACUCGGCUGCCGGUAUUGAAUGGGAAGAGACCUUCGAUGCUGUCCUCGUGUGCUCCGGACACCACGCAACCCCGCUGAUGCCCGACGUCCCCGGUCGAGAGCUGUUCCGCGGACGUGUGAUGCACUCUCGAGACUACAAGGACGUCGACGAGAGGGUUCGGGACAAGAACGCGGUCGUUGUUGGCUGUGCCAAUUCGGCGAUCGACGUGGCAGUCAACUUAGCCUCGGUGGCCCGGCAGGUCUUUCUCAGCACUAGGCGGGUGAACUGGAUCCUACCGAAUCACUACCGAGGCACUCCUUUCGACGAGUACGCCUUCAACCAGCUCAGGCUAUGGCUCUACAGCUGGCUUCCGCGAUCCUGCUACUCUCGUUUCCUCACCAGCGUCGCCAACGAGGCCUGGAACCACAAGAUGUUCGGCCUCGAACCCGACCACGACAUCCUCAGCCAGGGUCUCGUCGUCAACAACUACAUCCAGGGCAAGCUGCUUGACGGCACCGUCAAACCCCGAGGCGCACCCGAACGCUUCACCGAGACGGGUCUAGUCAUGGACGGCGUCGAAGAGGAAGUGGAUACGGUCGUCUUCGCCACCGGCUUCAAGGCGGAGCUGUCUUUCCCGACGGACGCGUUGCCGCAGAAAGGGGAGCGAUUUCUCCUGUACAAGAUGAUGGUUCCUCCGGACAACCCCAAUGUGGCGUUCUUGGGAUUCAUCGACGCCAGCUCCAACAUGCUGCAGGCCUUUGAGAUGCAGGCCCGCUACAUGGCCCUCGUACUGUCCGGCAAAUUGCGUCUUCCCUCCAAGAAAGAGAUGGAAGCUGAUAUAGAGGCGACGCAGAACUGGAUCUCCUCGUUCAUUCCUACAACCAGGCACGCCCUCAUGAUAGAUCGGGUCAGCUACGUCGACGACCUAGCUGGCAUCAUUGGCGUGAGGCCCAACUACUUCAAACUGUUCUUUACGGACCCCAGGUUGUACUGGACGUUGAUCACGUCUCCAUUGUUGAACUAUCAGUUCAGGCUACGAGGACCUCACCCUUGGAGUGGAGCUCGCGACGCCAUAUUGGGGUACAAAGAGCGCAUGCGUGCUGCCCUGUCACGACCCGGAAAGGAUAGAAAUGCUUCGAGACCAUUCAAACAUUUUAUUGCAGGGACUGUAGCAUGUGUGGCAGCGGCGACAUCGUCGGCGUGGUAUCUAGCAGGGCUUUGAGGUUUACCAGACAGUGAAUUUCAAGAACUCCGUGACGUUGUGUGAUACACAUGAAAAGUAGAGCACGUGCACGCUUCGCGUCACAGAAAAGUGCUUUGAAUUCAACUUCUUCGCACCAAAAUGUCAGAAUGUUUACAAGUGGCAAUCGGCCUUUAGCAUCAGCCUACGUUGCCAAAUCUCGUUAUAGCGUACACCGCCCAAAAGAACGACUUUGAAAUGCGCAGUAAAGUUUGAAAAUCGGCGCAAUUACAUGAUACAUGAAUUACACGAUAGACAGCUUGUGAUAACGAGAUUUAGUUGUUUUAACAUUUAUUGUUGCACAUAUAUAUAACGCUUUUUGUCAUGGAAAUGACAGUGGCUCAUUAUCAAAACCAGUGAUAUCGCUGCAUACAAACCAAAUGAUUAGUGUUUCGCGGCUCUCUUUUUGUGAUUUUGUGUGCUGCCAUGAUAUCCGUAUGUUAGCGCAUUUUUAUUAAUGAAGAUAUGACAUUUCGUUUCUUUAAUAACUACGUCCCUCAAAAUACCUAAUAGAGGUGUCUUGAAUGAGGUAACUAAGAUGACUAUUUGGAGAGUUCACUUCUGGAAAUGACAUAAUUUAGUGAGCGUAUUGUGCAUUUUGAUGUAUUUUAUGACCCGUAGUAUAUGCUGUGUAUUAUUUAUCAUUCCACACGCGAGGUGCGCGAGCACGCUACGUUAAAGGGACACUGAAGGCAAAUAUUAAGUCGACGCUGAUUGUUGAAAUAGCGGUCCAGAAACCUCGUAGUGCUACUUUCGUGCCAAGCAAGUGCUUAUUUUGAAAUAAAAUCACGUUUUAGUGGUCCGCAUCGCGUUAGCG